GACGGUCCGUGAAGGCAACACUCGUUACACUCCACGGUAUCAUGGCGCAGAGGAGGCCGAACACAUCCGAGGCAUCAAACUUUGACUUCAGCUCGAUUUGUUCGGCGUUAACACAUCAUACGUGUUAAUUUCUUGACACCUGAAGAAAAUAAACACGGGUAAGUUGUCUGCGGCGUGUUUGGCUCGUUAUUUAGUGCGGUUAAAUCUCGGACAGAUCGGCAGUUAGCUGUAACGUUUACAUUCAGUACGAUUGGAAAAAACCGUUACGAUUAGCCCGAUAGAAACAUCACAUUAAUAUUAUUAGCAGGCGGAAUAUAAAGAGUUUUACUCAAUUUUUGGUGUAUAUAUCCUCUUAAAGAUAAAUAACAGCUCUUAACGGAGAAAUACGUCGUGGUAGAAAGUUGAUAAAGCUAGCAGGAGUGAAGUUGUUAAACAUUUGUGUCAUUAUCGUAAUAAGUCUGUUUUAGGUAAUGCUGACAACAGCUCUGUAUCUGAGAUAUGAGCUAGCAUUAGCUGUAAGAUGUGGAUUUGAAGGUAAAAACGCUUUGUAAAGAGUAGAAAAUAUGUGUUUUCCAUAGCUCACAGGCCUCAGUGUGCGGCUUUAUGGCCUGUAUGAUGCAAAUGUUUAUUAUAACGUGGAGCUGGAGCUGUUUCUUCAGGAAUUAGAGGAAUGUAGGGGGAGACGAAGCAGCAGGUUGGUUUAGUGUUUCACAUCAUCCCCUAUCAGACAUAACAUGAAACUGACCUCCUUUGUGGCAUUUUAUUUAUUCUUUCCUGCAUUCCUGAUAAAAGAUUGAUGAAUAAUAUGCUGCUUUAUUGACUUGGUUUUAUCUAGAUGGUAAUCUCAGUCAGAGGAAGUCUCUCUUGACCUGAGGAGAGUUCACUGACCUGGUCAAAGAAGGACACAAUAGUAGUAAAUAGAGGUAGAUUUGUAUUAAUAUGGGUGUGGGUCCUUCUCUAAAGGCACCACCAUGUUUCUGCUGGAGCACAAAUUAGUAACACAUGUUUUCUUUAUAGUCAGUGCAACAGUUUGGAGAAGAAGAAGAGAGGUUGUUGUGUGCAAAAUAUUUUGUAUUGUUGGAUGAUUUUGAUGGUGAAAACUUGCCAAAUGGAGAAUUGUAUAUAUCAUGUAUCAUGGCAGAUUAUUGUCCUUCAAGGACACCAUUGUUUAUACUCUCAAAAUAUAAAGAAAUAGAUGUACUUCCUCACUAUAAGUCACCAAGAUUUUCAUAAAAGUAAGUUUUUGUUGGACAACUUUACUGAUUAAUGUCACAAGUUUAAAAAAGGCUCAUUAUUACUGAGUGAAAGUUGUGGCAGAGAUAGUUUAAUCCAUAAAAAUCAAGGGUAAUACAGUUUGGGAUAAUGUUUAGGUGAUUUAAAGGGAUAUUCUGGCGUAAAAUCAAUAAAGGGACAAACACACCGCAACACCGAGUUAGACAACCCCUUGAGAGAUGAAUAUUGCCGACUGCUUUCUUCUCUAAACAAACCUCAACCAAAAUGCCACUCUAUAGCCACAAAUAAUGCUCAGAACAGCACCUAACUUCAUCAACAGGACAUAUAGGGUCCCAGCCGUAGUACUAGACACCAAACAUCUUUUUAACUUUGUCUAAUUUCUUUAGCAAAGAGACUAGACACAGCUCACCUACUCUCUUCCAGCAGCCACUUGUUUGUAGCGAGACUUAGGUUGAAGAACUACCGCGUCUACAGUGCAAAAUGAUUAAUAUGAUGAUUGUUAUUUCAAGGAAAUGGUGUUUUGGUUGAAGUUUGUUCAUGGCUCCUCAGACCGCUGUGUAUUACUAUCCUGCAGUCGUUACUAAAGUUGGUAUAACUAGAGAAGCAAGCGGUCGGCAACAUUCAUCUCUUGAGGGGGUGUCUAACUCAGUGUUGUGUUUGACCCUAAAUCAAUUUUAUGCCGGAAUAUCCCUUUAAGGAAAAAAGAAACAGAAUCAUGAUAACAUGGUAUUUUUAUUAUUUUUUAAGUUAACUUUAUUAACAUAGUUUGUUAUUGUUGGGUGUAUUAUUGUAUAUUUACCUUUAUACUUUGAGUAUAUCCUUCUUACUUGCACUUUUAUCUCAGUGUGGUUGCUGUUAGUGUUUCAGACCCUCCUCCAUGGGGGAUGAGAUGAGUGUGGCGGCGUGGUUGCCUUUUUAUGGCCAGGCUGGCCUCAGCUGUGGGGGACCAGGGGUUUAUGUCACCCCGCUCUGAUGGUUGACUUGGCCCCAACAGCCUGGAGCGACAGCAGCUGUGCCUGUGUGGAUGUUAGACGACCAGGUGCUGAGCCUGACCUCAGGAAGCUUAGCAGUUCUGCUGCAGAGGAAGAUUCAGAGUCCUUGAUAUCUUCGACGUUAAUUGAACUCUUUGUGAUGUUGACAUUACUUUCAUACAUGCAAAGUAGAAUACUGCUCAAACAAAGUAGCUCAGUUUCUGCACACAGUCGAGCUAUUCUGAAACUUACUUGAUAUGAAUGCAAAACAGACGGGGCUGAGGUCUAUAUGUAUGUAAAUCGUCUGGUGGUAAUUACAAGACUGCGCCAGCAAGGGGCAACACAAUUAUUCAGAUAGAAAGGCAGAGAAGUAACUGCAAACAUACUGGUGUAAACGGAGCCUGUUGUUGAUAUACGCUGUUUACAUACGCUGAACAGCUCAUGAAUACCCCCCACCCCCAUUCUGAAUACUUGAACCCCAUGAGGUCAAGAGUGUUAUUAAGAUGUUGUUCCUCGUAAGUCAUCCUCCAUGUGUUUUGACUCAAGGAUGAAGUUUGUACCAUUGUUCCUUUACGGUCAGAAACAUACAAGAUAAUUUCUUAAAUGUAGCGUAAUCUUAAACUACAUUAAUCUGCAGGACUGUGCCAGCUUUCCAGACCUGAUCUAGCAGAAACCUCACACAACCCCACUCCAAAGUAACACAACAAAACAAAACAUAAAACCAAACCAUCCCUUUAAUGACUGUCCUGAGUUUGACUCUGUCACCUCUAACAGAUUCACACUUUGGUCAUUCACUUAUGAGAUUCUCAAGAGUUACUGGGUAUAAUGUCGUCAAGUCCUCAAUUUGUCAUCCAGCACCAUCAUAAGGUCAAAAUUUAGAUUGUCUACUUUUAGAUUGAACAUGUUUCUCAAGCGGGAAAUUCAGCUGCAAAUGGUUUGAAAGUUACCGCUGUAACUGAGUGAUAGUAAUGCUGGAUUCAAUUAGAGUAUUUUCCUAUUAUUUUAAUUCAUGGAGUUGGCUCAGUUUAUGUUCAAGCUUUGGAGGACUUAUUGCCUUCUGUGCUUCAAUUUUGCCUUUAUGUAGGUCGAGUCUUUAAUGGUUAAUAAAAAUUGAUCUACUAUAGCAGCCCACCUGUCUGCUAACUCAACCCUGACCCAAUCAGUCAUGGAUGUGAGUGUUUGGAGGGUUGAAAUUAAUCACCGCAAAGUUACAGCACUGCGAUCACUGAUUGGUUACACAAUUUAGUGAUACGUAAUUGUAAUACUAAUCAAAUGUUUAGUCUUAGCUGUAGCAGAUGGCAUGUUUAGGUGUAGCACAGUUCGAUUAAAUUCAGAUUUGGAUUCAGUAAAUGGAGAUAAAAUUGUACGCAGAUUACAAGUUACUUCUUUGCCUUUAAUCCUCAAUUCAGCCUCAGAUUUAAAGGAUGUAAUGACGUCUAACUAUCAGAAGUCAUUAAUCAUCUCACUGAUUCUCAGCUGCAUCAUACUAGAGGUUUGAACCGGAACUAGGAUGAACUAGAAUCAUCAUGUUUACGCGUCAGUGUUAAUAAAGCCUCUUAAAUCACCAGUAUAUCCUCACGUUGCUCCUGUGUCGACUCAUUGGUCCUGUUGGAUGUUUUGACUCUUCUUCAUUAGGCUCAUUUACUCUGUGAAGACUCACUGUCUAUAAACAGCAGUAGGUUACAGAUACACUAGUAGUAUCGUUACUAAAUACAGGAAUAGACCUUCUCAUCAUCAUCGUCACCAUCAGCCGCUUCAGGGAAUAGAAACGAAAUACACCAGAGUUGAAUUCUGAAGUCCUCUGCUGUGAUUUACUCUGAGUGUUUUUCUCCUGGAUAUAAGUGCAGGUCACGAGUUCAGCUCCAGGAGCAGACAGGAGACUCUUGUUUUGGUAGGUGAUGAAAAGGGGCAUAGGGUCCACUUCUCCUAUAUAUCCAGACUCUGAGGGUCACACUGCUCUCUCUGUACUCCUCUCUCAUAGCAGCCCAGAUUGUUUCCACCACCUCCCCUCUCUACCUUCCUGUGUGGGAUUACAUUUCUGUCAGCUGUUUUCAGAGCCGAUUGUAAGUUGCUCAAUGAUUUGAGGAUUGGACUUUAUCUGUACCUCUAGGAAAACGAGCAAAAGAGCAGAUGUUACAGCACACUGACUUUUAUGAAAGAACAUUUUCAGUGUUUGUAACGGAGACCAGUGGGAGCAAGAAAUCAAACGCAGGUCUGAAUGAAAGGUUAGCUCGUCCCGUCUAUGUAAGGAAAUGCUAUUAUCCCCUCCUGACAUGCAGACGAUCUCUUCCACAGAAGCUCGGAUGUGUGUUUCAGCAGAGCAGGUCCGGGUUGUGAGGUCCCGUCUGCCCUUCAGAGGUUCAGUUUGAUCCCUCGCAGAGCCCUGAGCACCGCUGCAUUGUUGAACCCUCAUGAGGAAUUUGUGCUAAGUCCUUUGGCCGGAGGACCUGCUGGGGGCUUUAUGACAACCUUUAAACAAAUCUCUGUAAGCAGAUACCUGUGUAUUUUGAGCAGGAAUGAUUAUCUCCAAAGAUUGGCCUUUAAUGCAGGGUCAAACAAACCUGACUUCGACUUGAGUCUUUCAGGGUGUUCAAGGAUAUUUUCUCUUGUUAAUUUACCAAACAGUUAUUUCAAAACCAGCUCGAAGUUGAUCAAACAGCCAUGAAUGAAAAAAACAAUAAUUUAUUGCUUUAGUUGGAUUGAAACAAGACUUGUACAAAAAAUGUAAACACACGAGUUUAAAUGAAAUCGCACUAAAUCACACUUUUCCUAGUCGAACUGACAGAUGGAGAGUGAUUUUAUCCUUCAUGUCUACAUCUUGAUUGGACUGAAACGGGUCUUAGUGUUUUGCACAUGCAACAGUGUUUGCAUGCUAGUCUGGUAAUAAAGGACACUGAUAAAAGAAAAAAAGACGUGAAAAAAGACACAUUCCUAUUGUACAAAGAAACGACACAGAGCAGUAAAAGUAAGAGAGGUUUCAUUGUUCGAUGUACGUCCAGUUAGCAAAUGCUAACGCAUUUCGCCAACUGUGUUGAUAUCAACUGGGAGAAAACCUGAUAGUGGCAGACAUGCUUCUGUCAAUAAUUAGAUUUUUGAGACGAUGACAGCAGCCCAGUGAAAUUGCCUAACAGGGCUUUAACUGCGUCUCAACUGUACAUAUACUGAGUAGGGCUGGGCGAUAAACCCAAAAUUUACAGAUACCGAAAUUUAUGACAAUAACUGAUGUCAUGUCAACUGAUCAAUAUAUCAUGAUAUUGAUUUGAGGCCAUAUUGCCCAGCCCUAGCCUCACAGACAAAUUUUCUGUUGGGGAUCUAUUUCUCUCCUGUGUUUACAUCUUAAUCAGACUGAAACUGGCCUUAGCGUUUUCUGCAUUUGCCAGUGUUUGCAUGCUAGUCUUUGAGAUGGGAGUUUGAAGGGUGUGGAUACGCUAGUAGGAAGUUGGGUAGUAAACAAAACCUCGGCAGAAGAAGAAAAGACAUGAAAAAAGGUUAAACUUAAGUAUUGUACAAAGAAAUGGCACAGAGCUGUAAAAGUGAGGGUGUUUUUAUUGUUCGAUGUACAUCCAGUUAGCACCUUGCUGACGCAUUUCGCCGACUGUGUUGAUACGUAACAAGUCAACCGGGAGACAACCUGAUAGGGGGCAUAUCGCCACCUACUGUAGAGGAGGCGGACAUGCCUCUGUCAAUAAUAGAUUAAAGCGUAAAAACAAAAUUGAAAUAAAAACUUGAGUCUGAAAAAAAAUAAAAAUAAAUAAUAGAUUAAAGCAGCCCAGUGAAAUUGCCUAAUGGAGCUUUAACUGUGUCUCAACGUAUCUAUGCAUGGAAACAUUGAAUAUCAAACAGCAUCUUUACUAUACAGUAGUGUAGUGUUUUUAUGUAACUGUUGAUAUUCAGAAGAGGUUUCUUCAUAGGUGAGACAAAGUCUGACUUCUUAUAUGGACGAGUGUAAAAAUGCCGUCAGUGUGGGCGUGUUACACCGUCUCUGAGAAAGAUCAGUGACUACAGUUUGAGUCAUGUUGAGAUGUUUCACUGUACAGGUGAAAUAUUGAGUGGUAAGAAAGGAUUCAAGCUCAAAAGGACCACCAAAGUCAUUAUGAUUCAUCCUCUGUGGGCCAGGAAUCUCUCUGUAACAUUUCAUCGAUGUUUCAGUCUCCAAAUAAAUCUUGGACUCAGUCUUACAUAUCCACUCAGAUAUUUGAGAUCACACUACAGUAAAAAAAAACCCUGAAUGUUCUUGGAUUAUUUUCCGGCGACUCCCUGAGCAAACGUUCCCUCACAUGUGACUUUACUGGACUCGAGAACUUGAGCCGUUUCUGUCUCUGUGUGUUCAGAGCAGAUCUGAGCUGCCGGGGUUCUCCGCCGCGCCGACCGAAGGAGACGGUGACAGCGCUCUCUGUGUUUUGGUCGGUUUGCUGAGCUGACGGCGAUGAGGAGGCCCGGGCUCAGCUGGCUCCUCUCUCAAAGACCACUUACUCACACUGACUGACCAUAGAGACAUACCAGUGGGAGUCGAGAGAGGGGGGCUCACACUCUCCCCAAAGCGUCAGCCCACGGCAUGCUAGGUGUCUCCCCCCCACCACCCUGCCUGGAAAUGGACACUGCCGGUGUAUUUAUAGCCCCUGAGCACAAGCGAGCUCUCUUUCUUAAACAGGAGUGAGGAGCUGCUCGUACUCAUCAGUCGUGCUCAGCUUCGCUUUUGUAUUUUAACGGAUUAUUGAGCGCCGUUACUUUGGUCGUAAAGCUUACCUGGGGAGUUUUCAGGUAGGAGAAAGAAGAGUUUUAUUAGUAUCAGCUGGACCUCACAGGCGUAUUUGUACAGUUUCUCUUACAUCAUACGCCUAGAAGUGACUUCUAGAACCUGCUUUGCUUGUGUUUGUUUCGAGACGUGUGGCACCAGAGUUGUAGCUCUUCAACUUUUGAUAUUUCAUAUCCUUCACUCUGUGUUACGAAACUUUGAGUGCAGUGAAACGUGAUCACAGCUACUUCAAAGUGUCCAUGUUUAGGGAUUAUAUCCAAGCUACAGUAGCUCUUCUCUUAGCGGGUUUUGUGAUAUUUUUGUGUGAACGAAUAUUAAUGAGCAUCGGUCCAAAAGAAAGUGCCAGAAGUAUCCUCGUCACAACCUUGUAGCUGUCAAAUGUGCCGAUUUUAACUAUUUACAGAUCAAUACUUGUACUUCAGGGAUCUUUGGUGAAUAUUUUUCAGGGUGUUUUCUCAUUUUUUGUCGAGCACACAUCCUGGUUUGAAUUAAAAAAGGAAAACAAAGUCAUUUGGUUACAAAAACGACCCUAAAACAUCCUUAAGUCCUAAAAAAGUUUGGACACUGAGUUAAAAACAGAGAUUAAUGUUCAGUGAACAAUUAAAAUCCUACGUUUAAGUGAAAAUAAUAAAAUUACAGCAGAGUUGAAGCUGAACUGGGGAGUCCAUGAUUUCCAAAAAGAAGACAAACUGAUUGUUGCCCAUUUCCCUGGAUCGUAGUUUUCCCAGGCUGAUCCAAAAAGGUUAACUGGACUUGGUUUAAGACUUUGAGAUGGGCUUCUUAAGUUCUGGAAAGAAAAGACCUUGAUAAGUAUCAAAGUCUGUCCAUGGAGAGGCGAAACAUCUCCAGAAACUGUACAUGUUACCAAACAUCCAGCUGUGGUGGUUCCUAUCAUGUGUUGGUUAGAUGUGUGUUUCUGUUGUUCUUCUGUUUCAGAUGAAAAAAUCAUUCUGAGCACAAUCACCGUAAAUUGAGACCCCUGAGAGAGAGGAGCGAUGGAAAAGCCAGUCCUGCAGACCCAACCCUCCACCCUUCCGUUCUUCGACACGGCCCACGCCUUCAACCUGCUGCGGGGGAUCCAUGAACUCCGAGCCGAACGCAAGUUUUUCGACGUGACUCUGUGCGCGGAGGGCCGCGAGUUUCACUGUCACCGCACAGUGUUGGCCGCCGCUAGCACCUACUUCAGAGCUAUGUUUGCGGGGACUCUGAGGGAGAGCGUGAUGGACCGGGUGGUUUUACAUGAAGUGUCAGCAGAGCUUUUAGGUCUGCUUGUGGACUUCUGCUACACGGGACGGGUUACCGUCACUCAGGAUAACGUGGACGUCCUGCUGAAGACGGCAGAUCUGUUCCAGUUCCCCUCGGUUAAAGAGGCCUGCUGUGCUUUCCUGGAGCAGCGGCUCGACGUUUCAAACUGCUUAGAGAUCCAGGACUUCGCAGAGGCCUACGCCUGCAGAGAACUGGCCACCAGCGCUCGCCGCUUCGUCCUGAAAAACAUAAUGGAGCUGGCUAAAGGGACAGACUUUGAGCGGUUGUCAUGGAAGCGCCUGCUCGAGUUUGUGUCAGAGGACGAGCUCUGCGUGGACAAAGAGGAGACGGUUUAUCAGAUCGCCGUGCGCUGGGUCAAAGCAGAUCUCAAACGGAGGCUGCACUAUUGGCCCGAGCUCCUCCAGCAGGUGCGCCUCCCUUUCGUGAGGAGGUUCUUCCUGCUGGCCCACGUGGAGAGCGACCCUCUGGUCUACCUGUCGCCCACCUGCCUCCGUAUGGUCAACGAGGCCCGCAGCUUUCAGUCCUGCGAAUACGACCGCCACGACAGGCCCUGCCACCGCAUGAGGCCGCGGCCGUCCACCGGACUGGCAGAGAUCCUGGUGGUCGUCGGAGGCUGUGACCAGGACUGCGAUGAGCUGGUCACUGUGGACUGUUACAACCCUCAGACUGGACAGUGGCGUUACCUGGCGGAGUUCCCUGAUCACCUGGGAGGAGGCUACAGUAUAGCCGCUCUGGGAAAUGACAUGUAUGUUUCAGGUAAGACCGUCAAGCUCUUUAACUCUCUUCAAACCUGAGCUCUGGGAUUUCAGUCUGGGUGUUUGUGUACAUCAAACUCUUCAGUCGGUAGAUUUCCAUUCCCGCUCCUCCACCUUACGAAACGCCUGUCAGGAUUAUAAAUAAACGUCAGCUUCCUCGGCGGGUGUCUCCAUGUGGGAACCAGGCAGAGCGGAGUGAGGCAGGACAUGGUGUGCUGCCAAAGCACCACCGUGGUGUCAUCAUCAUCAUCAUCCUCUUCAUCACCAGCUGACAGUUGAUCCCUUUGAGAAUUCAUCCUGUACUUCAGUGAGCUUGAGUUUCCUGCAAGACAACAAAUUUAGCAGUGUUCGCUCAGUGCUGAAAUAAGAGCGGAGAAGGAUUGCAUAAUGUCGGGAGGCAGAUUUGGCUUUUAUAUCCUUGUAUACAGUUUCAUUCACACACACUCUGAGGCGUCAUAAUUCUAUAUAUAUGAUGUCUGGGUUACUUUAAACGCUUAUAAACAUACAGUUGACACUUUCAGAGGGUUUAUUUAAAGGUUUAUUAAAUGACUGCAGAUCUAAAAUAUUCUGUUUUUGUUUCAGACAGAGGUUGGUAGAAGAUUUGUAAAUAUUGAGAGUCAAGAUGUUUUAAAUUUGGAUGUUUUAGAUCAUUUUUAAGUUUAAAAUCAUAAAAAUCAUGAUGUGACUGUUGUACUAGCUUUAAAGCUCCAGUAAGGAACUUUCCCUUUGAGCAGACUUUGGCGCCCCCCUGUGGUCAGAGCAGUCUUCGCUUUAAAAAAUGUCAUCCUCCUAACUGUCAUCCAGGUGGCUCCGACGGUUCCCGCCUCUACGACGGCGUGUGGCGUUACAAAUCCAGCGUGAACGAGUGGACGGAGGUGUCACCCAUGCUGAAGGCGCGCGAGUACCACAGCUCCUGCGUGCUCAAAGGUCAGCUGUACGUGGUGGCGUCGGACAGCACCGAGCGCUACGAUCACGCUCUGGACUGCUGGGAGGCCUUACCGCCCAUGCUGCACGCCAUGGAUAACUGCUCCACCACCACCUGCAGCGGGCGGCUGUACGCCAUCGGCUCUCUGACCGGAGAGGACACGAUGACCAUCCAGAGUUACGACGCGGACACGAACCGCUGGUCCACGGUGAGCUGCGGACAGCUGCCGCCGUGGUCCUUCACACCUAAAACUGUGACCCUCAAGAGCCUCAUCUAUUUCAUCAGGUAAGACAGAAUUUUUGGGCCGAUGCUGAUACCGAUUAUUACCGCCGAUCGGUGCCUCCGUGUCUUAAUUCACGUUACUCAUUUCCGGUCCUGUCUCAUCUGGAGACGUGCAGCUGCCUCAGUAAGAGAAGUAGCUCGAUCACUAAUGUGAACUGUUGUUUAUUCUACCGUUAGUGGCGCGGCUAACAGUGUAGCGCGGCUAAUAGCAGGUGGCUAACUCUAACUUUAGCUUGCAUAUUUCAUGGUGCUUCACCGUUAACUCAGCGUGACUGAGACCAGCACAGCGGGGAACAUGGUGAAGUGCGUUGAACUGAAACUUGUUGACUUAUUGUGUACUUCACAAACUGGUUUAUUUACCGUUGAGGCGGACCACUCUCCUCCGCGCGUCCCUGAGCUGCCUGCUUCAGAUCUGUCGAGGUUGCUGCGCCAUCUACUGGAUAAGUCGGGGAACUUUUCAAAUGGCGGAACAUUUUCGAAGUGAAACCGAAUCUUAUUCUCUGCAUUUUAUUUCUGAAAAUAACGGCGAAAAUCGGCGAUUUUGGCCGAUUACUGAUUAGUCUCCAACGGGCUAAAAUUGGCAGAAACUUUUUGGCUUCUUCAAACUUGUUUAUUUCACUUUUUGUGUGUAAUUUAGAGGACUUGUUUUAGAUUGUUGGCUAAAGUUUCAGAUAUUUUCUAAAAAUUAAAGAUCACCUCGAAGAAUUCACCGGUUUAGUAUCGGAAAAGCCAGUUUUAGUCACUGAGACUCUGGAGGAAAUCUCCCUUUAACCACCGAGUCAGCUGUCAUUCUGAUGUUUUACCACAAGAGUGCGCCACUGUACUCGUAUCAUUUAGACAAAACAAGAAUGCUCUAGUUGAAUGUGAUCAGCCUCUCUCCUUAUUUGGUGAUUUUUGUGGACAUUCUUAUUUCUUAUCAUGUCAGUCGUCUUAUUGAGAAGAAUGACGAUGCAGAAAUCAGCGUUCAGCUUCUUGGGCCGACUGUCAGCUCAAACUUUGAUCUUGUUUUAAGAACUUUUUGCAUGAGUUCAUGACAGUUUUUCGUUUUGUUUCUCUGUAGUUGUUUCAGUAAUGCGAGCCGUGAUUGUUUUGACUCUGCUGUGUUUCUAUUUGCAGAGAUGACUCCGCUGAGGUGGAUGUUUAUAAUCCUCAGAAGAAUGAGUGGGAUAAAAUUGCUCCCAUGACCCAGGUUAGUAUUUCACUCUGAACAACUGUUGAUCUCGCUCUUCUGAUUGAUGAGUCUGAGUCUGUUUUUUGUUUUUUAACCUUACCUCUGAUCUGCAGGUCCACGUCGGAGGCAGCGUGGCGGUCCUCGGCGGUAAACUCUACGUAUCCGGAGGUUACGACAACACAUUUGAGCUGUCCGACGUGGUGGAAGCCUACGACCCCAACACUCGCACCUGGACGAUCGCCGGCCGCCUCCCUCAGCCGACCUUCUGGCACGGCAGCGUCAGCAUCUUCCGCCAGUUCAUGCCUCAGGUGUCGAGCGCUUUUGAACCCACGGAGGUGCCGGAGUCCAAUGCCAUUCACCUCCACCGGCAUCAGCGACACCAGGCGCUCCAGAAUCUCAACAACAAUCUCAACCAGAACCAGAACCAGGAUGUGAACCCAGCGCACUGAAACUGGGGAGUAACUUUUUAGACUCAACCCUCAUCGUACCACGAGUAGUUUACCUCAACGUGAUGCUGUUAGAAGCAGAAGACUGAGCAUGUACAAAGUCAUCUGAGCUGCUUCUGAUCCUCUGGACUGCCGAGCUGUCGUACCCGUAGUCACGCCAAAAGACGGGGGCCCUGUUUGUGCUCAGUCCGGGACUGAGUCCAGCUGAGCUCAGAGAAGCAGAGGCCUCUUAAGGAAGAGACCCAAACUGAAACGCUAGUCCUCAGGAUCAGGCUCAAAAUGUCUUCCCUAAAAAAUGUAGAAAAUUACAGAGCGUUUCUUUAGUUGUACAAAAAGCUUCAAAGCAAAGGUAUAUUUGAUCUUUAGCUUUAUUUGGACACACAUUCAUCCACUCCUUUCUUUUUACCCUGUUAGGUAAGCAGUCGUCCUGUAGGGGGCAGCAUUCAAUAAUAAUAAUAAUGUGUUGUUUCUUUUUCACACAUAAUUUAUAUCAUGUUUACAACCUGGUGGGCAAACUCUGUAAAAUGUGCGUUAUCGAUGAUCUGUUUGUGUGACGGUUAGCUGGACUUGGACUCUACCAAGAGGAUGUUUUAUGGUCCUGACCACCCAAGUUUUUCAACUGUGGGGGGGGUAGACCUCACACCUCAGACCCCCUCUCCAGUCUGGUCUCUGUUUGAGGAACCGCAGCUGAGGGACGAGUCCAGAUUUCAGCAGUUUUUCUGUGUGGGUGGAUGACUCUACAGCAGAUUUGUGAGGGCUGUUGCAAUAUUGACGAUAACCACCUUUUAAAGAGAUGAAUUGUUGAUAUUGUUUUUCACAAGAGGAGCUGGUAGUUCUUUAUGCUGUUACUUGCCAUUAAACAGAAGGAAGAUGAAGAAGCAGAGAGAAGCUAGCUAACUAGCUUUAAUAGCGCUUUAGCUAGUAAGAAGCCCUAAACAUUUCUAACUAGUCUCUUAUUACUCAUAUAUUUAACUUUUUAAAAUCAGUUUUCAUCUAGUUCCCUAACCAGAAGUGGUCUACACUUCAUUUCAAAAUAAAAGCAUGUUUUUACAUUAUAGGAGAUGUAGCAACUUAAACACAAAUGUGAAAAUGAAGCAUCGUUAACAUUUGCUUUAUAUGGGAAUCUCUUCAGUGUAGAGGUUUCUUACAGAGGCUGGUGAUAAAUCAAUUUGAACAUUAUUAGAAACAGAUAACGAAGUCAUUAACAUUUUAUGUUUUUCUACACUUUUCUCUGCCUUUAUUUGGCUGAGCUUUUAAGUUAUUUUCAUUUUUCUUGGAGGUCUGUGUUUAAAAUCAGGGUUCAGAGAAAAAAAGGCAGGUUUCCAGAUUUCUGACUUUAAUAUCAGGAUUUUGAGGAAAUUUUUGAAUGUCGAGUUUAAAGUCAGAAUUUCACUUUUUCUCAAAAUCCAAAAUUUAGUCUCAAAAUCGUGAAAAAUCCGGUCUUCUUUUUUAUUUUUUACUUGCUCUGAUCCACUUCCUUAAACAUCUGUAAAAUUCUUAUGAAAUUUUCAGUCAUAGGUGAAACUGUGACAUCCUGACAGCCCUGUGAAGUCACACUUGACCUUCUGACUGAACUGCUAACUUCAGGAGGUUGCCAUGACGGCAGUAGACAUAAAGUAGACGAGGGUUAAACAUAGCUGCAGGUAUGUUGUAUAAUUUUUUAAAGUCAGUUUUUCUUUAUUGUAUAGGAAAGCCAAAGAGUGAUGAGGGUCAAACCAGCAGCCCAGACUCGGGCCUUCACACAUCAACGUUUGAGCUAAAGUGGCGCCCUGUCGCGCUGAUUUUUUGUGCUCUUGGAGUACAGCGUUAAAACAGCUUUUAAACCUGACAUAUCCGAGUCGUUAUGAGCUGUUCACAUUCCAAAAAAAUGACAAUCACAUUUAAAAUCCAGCACUAGAAACCGAAUAAGAAGGGUUGAGUUUACUUGGAGGAGUCGGACUUGAAGGUGUGCUCGGUAAACGUCCGUCAUCAUCGUACUCUCCUGUCGAAGCUGCAUGUGCUGUGAACUUGUGCCGAGUUGAAUCUCCUUUGCUAGCGAUGAUACGGCGUCUCCUUGUGUCACUCUGAGGCCACAUCAGCCUUUUAUAACCACCAGAGGAAGAAUGUGCAUGAAGAAAUUAAUCCUAAAAGUGUAUUUACAGAUGUUUGAAUGUUUUGUACUUUUAUUUAUGAAUAUAUAUAUACAGUAUAUUUGUGCUGUGGUUGCUUCAGGUGUCCCUUAAUUGCAACACAAAUGAAUUUUUGUGACGGGUCACCGUUUAAAACUGGAAGUGCAGAAGAAUCUCAGUUUGUCGUCUUGUAAAAAAUGAUAUUUUUGAGUGUUAUGCAUCAAUGUUUGUACAAGCUUUUAAUGCCGAAUCAUGUCUUUAUUCUUACUCGUGUGUGUCCUGUGUCUGUACGAUGUUUACAGUGUGCGUACCAAAAAGGAAACUUGCAGGCAGGUCAUAGAGAGUUUAUUCUGCUGAGUCACACUUGAUGAGCUGUUAGCAUGCUACCGAUAUAUUUCUCAUAACGUUGGACUGUAGUUGUUGCAGCGGUGUGAAAAGUUAUUUUUAUAAAUAGCAUGAGAAGCUGAUGCGUUCACUUAUAAAGCUGUAUAUUUAACAGAAAACUGA